UUGUCAAACUUCCUCGUCCAAGUGCAGUCAUCUGCGCACUGCCGCUCCGUGCGCAUCCUCAACCCCACCGGGACUACGAAACAACAAAAAAAAAGUCUUCAAUAUGACUUCAGUAUAAUGGAAGCUACAUAAAAGACAUGAGGAAUAUUCCCAAAGAUAUCAUCUGACUUGAGAAGAACAUUUACGACCGCAGAAGUAAUUGUCCAAGUUGCUGGUUGAAACGCGUCUUGUGAUCUCCUGCAGAAGCCGCCAUGGGCUGUGUGGGUUCAAAGAAAGAGCAGGAGACUCUUGGUAAAGGAACGGGGAAUGAUGAGCAGCAGAACCGUGCACAAACAGCCCACUAUGUCAAAGACCCCACCACAGGGAACUCUGGGAAAAAUGCUAGCAAAAUGCCAUCCAACGCCAUGUCUUCAGAAGGUGAAAGCAUUGCCAUGGCACUUUAUGACUAUGAGGCCAUUCAUGAUGGAGACCUCGGCUUCAAAAAGGGGGACAAGCUGAAAAUUUUAGAGGAAUCGGGGGAGUGGUGGAGAGCCAUGCUAAUCAGUACAGGAAAGGAAGGCUACAUCCCCAGUAAUUACGUAGCUAAAGAUACUCUGGAGGCUGAAGAAUGGUUCUUCAAGGGUGUGAGCAGGAAAGAUGCUGAGCGGCAGCUGCUGGCCCCUGGGAACAAAAUAGGAUCCUUCAUGAUCCGAGACAGUGAGACCACAAAGGGCAGCUACUCUCUGUCAGUCAGAGACCAUGAUGCCCACUCUGCUGACACUGUUAAACAUUAUAAGAUCCGUACGCUGGACAACGGAGGAUUCUACAUCUCUCCCCGCAUCACCUUCAGUACACUGCAGGAGCUGGUCAGCCAUUACAAAAAACAGGGAGACGGCCUCUGCCAGACCCUGACUAACCCUUGUCUGAGUCCCAAACCUGAGAAGCCAUGGGAGAAAGACGCCUGGGAAAUCCCACGAUCAUCACUCAAACUGGAAAAGAGGCUCGGUGCCGGCCAGUUUGGAGAAGUCUGGAUGGCUACAUACAAUAAGCACACCAAAGUGGCAGUGAAGACAAUGAAGCCUGGCAGUAUGUCUGUGGAGGCCUUCAUGGGCGAGGCCAACCUGAUGAAGACUCUACAGCACGACAAGCUGGUCCGACUCAAUGCUGUGGUCACCAAGGAGGAGCCCAUUUAUAUCAUCACUGAGUACAUGGAGAAAGGUAGUUUGCUAGACUUCUUGAAGAGUGAUGAAGGCAAUCGUGUCCAGCUCCCCAAACUCAUCGACUUCUCUGCCCAGAUUGCAGAGGGAAUGGCUUACAUUGAGCAGAGGAACUACAUCCACAGAGACUUGAGAGCUGCAAACAUCCUGGUCAAUAAGGCUUUGGUGUGCAAGAUUGCUGACUUUGGCCUCGCUCGUAUCAUUGAAGACAAUGAAUACACAGCCAGGGAAGGGGCCAAAUUCCCCAUCAAGUGGACUGCCCCUGAAGCCAUCAACUACGGCUCUUUUACUAUCAAAUCAGAUGUUUGGUCUUUUGGGAUCUUGCUAACAGAGAUCAUCAGCUAUGGACGCACACCAUACCCAGGGAUGACAAACCCAGAAGUAAUCCGCUCCCUGGAGAAAGGUUACCGAAUGCAGCGCCUCGACAGCUGUCCCACUGAACUCUAUGAAAUCAUGCUGGAGUGCUGGAAGAACAAGCCCGAGGACCGUCCCACAUUUGACUACUUGCAGAGCGUACUGGAGGAUUUCUACACAGCCACAGAGAGCCAGUACCAGCAGCAGCCAUGAGAUUUCACAACCACAGACACAUUUCUUAUUAAGUUACUUUCUAUUGAUUCAUAUGACCAAAUCCUGUUUCCUAAUACAGUGUAGUUUAGAAAAAGACAAGGGUUUGUUGUCAGCUUCUGUAUUUAUCUUUCUCAGUCUGCCAUUCACAUAAACAUACUCGACUAUAUUCUAACAAAGGACUGUACAAUACUUGUUGGGGGAGGGUCCAAACUCAGAUUUUUUUUUAAGUUUUGGGGGAUUUAACUCAAAUUGGAGUGAAUUUCAGCACUGACAUUGUUCAUAUUUCAAGACAAUAUACACUGUUGUCCAUAAAGUUGGAAUAUUGUUGUUUUUAGAUGCAUUCCUCUUUUUAUUCCUAUUUAGGCACAUCAGUAAUCACCUUUAACCUGGUACAAUGAUUACAUACUGAGUCCCAGUUACACUUUAUCUAACAAGAAUAAAUCACAUUGUCACAAUCAUUUCAUGAGAUAUUUUAUUCCAACUUCAUGGCUAACAGUGUAAUUCUAGUACAGAGUAAAGGGAUUCAGUAAGUACUAUUUGUGAUCUUUAUCAAUAAUAAUAUGAUGACAACACAGUCCUACCUCAGCAGAUGCUGUUUGAUAAAGCGCUGAUCAUAGGCUAGUGUGGAAACAGCUGGGUCAGUUGUACUAUGUUUUUAUGAUCACAAAACUCAACAGAAACUACUCAAUUUUUCACAAGGAGCAGACUUACAGACCAUCACUGUUUUAUUAUUACGUUCUUGGUGGAGACAGGCCUUGCUCAUCUGCAGCUUUUGAAAGUCAUCUAUUCAUGUCUAAGCUUUCUGUUACUUUUAUAAGUAUGACUGGCGGACCAAAUCAGGUUGAGAAAAUGCCUGUUGCUUCAAAACAUUGUGUAAAUUACACAUAAACACAAUGAAGGUUAUCUGUACCACUCAUGUCAAAUAAAUGUGAAGAACACACUUCAAAACACAAAAAACUGUGAACGCAUCGCGUUGUCCUGAAUCAUUUGUAUAGUAUGUGGCAUUUAGGAACAAAUUUGCUCGUACUGUAUAAGUAAUUCUUGCACAAUGCUCAUUGUGUACAAACCACAACUAAGUUUCAGCAUAAAAUAGAUUAUAGCACAGUGGUUUAAUGGUUCAGGGAGGGUAAAUUAGGAGUCUGCAGCAAAUAGAAGAAAAUAGCAAAAGUGUUUGGAUGUUGAAGCUAGAGCAAAAGAAUAGGACAUUUAUAAGAAACUGAUCCAUCAAUUUGAGGAAAAAAAAAAACAAAAACAGACCGUCUUGUGCACAUUAAAUGUUCUGUAUUUAACAAAACAAAGCAUUUAUGUAGAAAGCUUUCCUACUUUUUGACUAUAACAACCCCCAACCCCUAUAAUUUUUGUACAGUCCCUCACACUCACCGCUGUUGAAGGACUUCUACAUUACAUGUAUAUUAUGUAUCAGAUGAGCAUGGCUGCCCCAUACACAUUAUUAUACAAAUAUUAACUGCAAGACACUCACACUCAUUUUCACAAGCAAAUGGUUGCAGGCCACCUGAACGCAGUCACAUGGAAAACACUGGAUUUAGUUAUGCUCCAGCACUCAGUGUUCAUCCAUCAAAGAAAGGUACAACCCCGAUACAGAUGUUCACUUUGAAGCACAGUGUUAAGCUCAUUUUGUCUUGAUAUCAACAAUUCAGCAGGCACAGGUUUUAUUCCCAUCUACUUAGAUGUACAGUGUUUUACACAAUUCUCAACAUGCAUAUGAUUGACUAUGCAUAAAUCUUCUAUUUAUUGUCCAUAAUAUUUUCCAUUAUGCUGUAGGCUGUUUCAGAUGUGCUCCUUAUUGUGCCUUUUGCGGGGGUUGUUUCUUUUCUUUCAGAUUUAACAUUGAAUAGUACAUACAUGUGUAUACAGUAUAUACAUAUAGACUCUGUAAAUGCAAAGAAAUAAGAGAGCUCCGGGAUAGGGUCAUGUAUAAUGCCUGUUGAUUCUUUUAGCCCCUGUGAGGUUUAUUUUUAUUCAGGAAUGAAAGGAAAAAGCAGACUGUGAUUUUUUAUAUCUUACUGCCUUGAUUUGUCUGUAUGGAAAAUUAAUUUAUUCAUGCACAUGCAUUGCAUUAAACAUGGCUGUAUCUUGAAUGUAGUGAACUUUCCCAAAGUAUGAUCUACUUCAUCAUCAUUUCUUGUUUGGAUUACAUGUUUCUCAUGUAGCAGUUUUCACAUAACUAAUGAAUGUUAGGAGGAGCAUAUGCAAAAAUAUUAAUGUUGCAAUAUUUCUUACUGCAUUAUGUUCAUUUAGGUAUGUGGUGAUUCAUAAAUUAUGUUAUGCUUACUUCUUUGAUUUCUUUAAUUGACCAGGUUCCUAAGAUUGCAAAGAUUUGGUAUGAUGACAUCAUCAUCCAUUCAGGGAGAACAAAAUAUAUGAAAUGUGACAAUAUUGAAUUGUUGCCCAGUCCUGUACAUAAGAUGAAUAUUUUUCUUUGUCAAAAUAAAAUCUUUUGCAUGUAUGGUAAUAGGCUUGGGUUUAUGCAACUGUGGUGAAACUUUUGAAUAAACUAUUAUAGAAAG